AUGAAGUGUAGUCAGUGUGGUGGUACCGACUUUGAUGAAGAUAGAGCCAGGGCUGAUCUGACUUGCCUAAAUUGUGGCUCGGUUCUUAGCGAAAAUGUUGUUUCUUCAGAGAUAGAAUUUGUCGAAACUGGAAAUGGUGUUUCUACCGCUGUUGGCAGAUUUGUUUCAGAUGAAAGUCAGUUAUCCGGUUAUAAAGAGUCAAGGCAAGCCACCGAGCAAAAAGCUCGAAAGCGGAUAGAGACUAUAUGCGGUCCUCUUUACCUGGGAAACGAUGUCGUGCUGUCGGCAUUUCGCUAUUAUCAAACAGCUCUAUUCCGUGGCCUUACCCGUGGUCGCCCAGUCCAACAGAUGGCCGCAGCUUGCGUUUAUCUGGCUGCCAGAAUGCUCAGAGUCAAUGUCAUGCUCCUUGAUUUAAGUGACGCUAUCUCUGUUAAUGUUUACGUCCUUGGGCACCUUUAUAUUCACCUAAAGAAACAGCUCAAUCUAGUGCUACCAGAGAUGGAUCCUUGUUUGUUUAUAGAGAGAUUUGCUCAUCAGCUAGAACUUGGUGAUAAAACUUCCUCUGUUUCAAAUACAGCAAUGAGAUUGCUUCAGAGAAUGAAGAAGGAUUGGAUUUCUACGGGAAGACGCCCAAGUGGUCUUGCAGCCGCAGCUCUCUUGGUGGCGGCGAAAAUCCAUGAAUUUAAUCGGACAGAGGAAGAUGUGGCUAGAAUCGCUCGAAUAAGCCAACAAACGGCCCGUAAACGUUUGGAAGAGUUUGGAAGGACACCAAGUUCGGCUUUGAGCAUAGAUGCCUUUUUGACAGUCGAUUAUGAUGAGGAAGCUGACCCCCCUGCAUUUAUUGAAUCAGUUGGCAAUAAGCAUAAUAGCGAGGCUGCGGAGAAUUUGAAUGAAGAAGCAAUGCGUAAGGUCUCUGAAGAAAUUAAAGAGCUUGGGCGACGCAUUGAUGACGAAAUGAAGCAUUUGGCUGAAAAACGGGCAAUUAAAAAUUCUCCCAGUAGUGGGGGACAAUCAAAGGGUGUUCAUCAUCUACUCGAUUCUGAUAACACUGAGGAGUCUGUAGAUCCUAUUUUGAUCGCACCGCAUAUUCUACCAUUAUCUCCAUUGUCUACAUCAACAAUUCCAUCCAAUAAACUUCCUUCUGAUACUGAUCCACCAAAUAAGGAUCAAUCCAAGGAAAUCGGAACGGUCGUCUCCAAAAAAGCAUUGUGUAGCAGAACCUUGCUUCGUGAAGUGCUCGAUGGCGUAGUAGACCCUAGCCUCCUUGAAACAUGUGUCGAAGAUUUACAUCUUCUAACUUCAGAGACUGGUGAACGCCUUUGUCACCUAGUCAUAGCUACAGAAGCAGCUCGAAAUGCUAGGGAUACGGCUGCUGAACUUGGUUUAGAUGAAGAAGAGGAAAAAGAAGUAAUGAAAGAGUGGGACGAUGAUGCCAAGGAUUAUUUGUCUCGUAUCACUGGAGAGUCCCCUAAAUCAUCAUUAAAUAAUACAGCAAAUGAAGCAGUCUCUGAAUUGCUAAGUGGAAAUGUAAAAUUGGAAGAAGCGAAGGGUAGGUCUUUGUUUUUGAUUUCGCCAUUGUCAUGUUAG